GAAGAGAUGAGCAGUUCAGGAUGAUGGACGUCUGAUGGCAACUUCCCUUUGAGAUUCACAGCAGUUGCAGCCAACAUAAACCCCAGCAGCAGUCCAACAGCACGACACAGUUCACGGACUUGUAAUGAAAUAAGCUGCUCACAAAACACUGAGGCACAUCAGGACAAGACUGAGCAGGGAGUUUCGGCACUCUGGUGAUGAUCUCUACAUGUGACACAUCACUUGUGAAGAUGCUACCUGAGGAUAUGACAGAUACGGACGAUGCAAGAAAACAAGAGGACAUCUUAAAAAGUCAUAUUCAUUAAUUUAUGGUUUAUAAACUAUGGUUUGUUUUUUCUGGGUGCAACUCCACAUCGCAAAAUGAACAUCAUGAUUUUAAAGGCCUCAAGUGUUUAAGGGUAUUUUUUAAGAAGACAAUCCAGCAUGUUUAAACGAUGGCUUUUAGGCCUGUUGGCCCGGUUCGGCCUCAUUGUGCUGGGCCUCUGCUGCUGUCUGUCUCUGUUCUACCUCCUCGCCUGUAAACCAGCGUCUCACAGCAGCCAGCAGUCUCUGCUGUGGUCUGGAGGGGCCACCAGUAAGGAGGGAUACCUGGCCUUGCUGCAGGAGCGGGAGGACUCUCACAGACAUUACAUUAACAGCCUGACAAAGCAGAUAGCCCAGCUGAAGGAGGCUCUCCAGGAGAGGACGCAGCAGCUUCAGGAGUCCCUGGAAAAAGCAAAAACCAGAGGGAUCUUGCCACAGGGUCUGGAGAGUCUGCACAAGACCCCGACACAAACGGACCUGAAGGAGUUCCUUCGCUCCCAGCUGAACCAUGCCGAGGUGUACUCAGGUGUAAAGCUGCCCAGCGAAUAUGCAGUGAUUCCUUUUGACACUUUCACCCUGCGGAGGGUGUACCAGCUGGAGACGGGGCUGACGAGGCACCCAGAGGAGAGGCCUGUGAGGAGAGACCGCAGAGACGAGCUGAUAAGCACAGUGGAAACAGCUCUGCAUGUCCUGAACGGACCUCUGCAACACACAGACAACACCAGACGGAAGCACACAUACUCCCCUUCAGACUUCAUAGAGGGGUUGACUCGUACAGAGCGGGACAGGGGAACUGUCUAUGAACUGAUGUUUAAAGGCGAUGGCCCGCGAGACUUCACACAGCUCGUGCUCUUCAGGCCGUUUGGCCCUGUGAUGAAGGUGAAGAGCGAGAACGUUGACACAGGCAACAUGCUCAUCAACAUCAUCGUACCUCUCUCCAAAAGGCCGGACGCUUUCAGGCAAUUCAUCAACAACUUCAGAGAAGUGUGCAUAAAGCAGGACGCCAGAGUUCAUCUGACUGUGGUCUACUUUGGCCGAGAUCAGAUAGACCAGGUGAAAGCCAUGCUGGACCAGACCACCAGAGAGACUCGGUUCAGAAGCUUCACUCUGAUCCAGCUGAAUGAGGAGUUCUCUCGUGGCCGGGGCUUAGACGUGGGUGCCAGGGCGUGGAGGCGCAGCCAGAAUGUCCUGCUCUUCUUCUGCGAUGUUGACAUCCACUUCACGGCUGACUUCUUAACUUCCUGUCGUCUCAACGCCGAGCCUGGUAAGAAAGUGUACUAUCCAGUGCUCUUCAGCCAAUACAACCCAUCUGUUAUUUACAGUAAUCAGACAGCUCUACCGCCUGUUCAACAACAACUGGUGAUAAGGAAGGAAACUGGAUUCUGGAGAGACUUUGGGUUUGGCAUGACGUGUCAGUACAGGUCUGAUUUCCUCAACAUAGGUGGUUUUGACCGUAACAUCAAAGGCUGGGGUUUGGAGGACGUGCACCUGUACAGGAAGUACCUUCACAGUAAGCUGAUGGUGAUUCGCUCUCCGUCCAGAGGCCUUUUCCACUUGUGGCACGAAAAGAGCUGUGCAGACCAGCUCCCUCCAGACAAAUUCAAGAUGUGCAUGCAGACCAAAGCCAUGAGUGAAGCUUCACAUGGCCAGCUGGGGGAGCUGUUCUUCAGACGAGAGAUUGAGAUUCAUUUGAGCUCCCAGAAGCAGACAAACACAACAACAUGAUAAGGACAAUGUGAUGGGGAUUUGGUGAUGUUAUUAUUAGUUAUUGCUCUGGUUUUCACAAUAAUUUAUAUUUACUAACGUUACCUUUUAACUGCUAUUGUUUUCCACUUGUGCAAUUAAUGACUGAUAUAUUUUGUGUGAAUAAAAGAAUGAACUACCAGAAUGUAAUCUACUUGUGUGCUGCAUGUUUCUUUAGAUAGGAAAGCAACUGAGGGAAUGUGACAUAAAAAACUACUCUUAAUAAUUUGUGUGGUUUAAUGUGGUGUCCUUAAUGCAGGUUUUCCCAAACCC